AUGGGGUUCUACAUGGCAUAUUUGGAGAAUUUGUGCCGUCGACGAAAUUGGCAAGGUCCCCAGUACAAGACGUACCGCGACGCACAAGGCUUCACCUGUCUAGUUCUCGUCAAUGGAAAGGAGUACCAAACGGAUCUAGCCUACCAGACCGAUGCCCUGGCUCAAGAGAACGCCGCCACGCAAGCUUUCAUGGUUUGUCGUCAGUCAUCGGUCAAUGGGGGCAUGCUGGCUCGUAAUGGCGUUAUCCAAGGAUUACCUGCCAAUGAGACCGGGGGCCGUCACAAGCUGAUAAGUGAUCGUCAGCGGCAACAUUCCGUGACGCUCAGCAGCAGCAGCUCGAGCACUUCUUCCGAACCGGAAAAUAGAGAUACCAGAUACCCAAUGACAGUUGGCAGUUAA